AAAACCUUAUAAAAAUAUAUUGACCUGUCUUCUUUCUAGCUAGCUUCUAUACACUUGUUCUAUUCUAAAUCUCCAUCUCUCUUUCUCCCUCUUCCUCCAUAGCCAAUUUCCAAGAUUCCAUUACAGUUCUACUCAAACCCCAUUUCACUACAAACCCUUUUCAAUGUUGCCCUUUAAAACAAUCCAAGAGGCAGAAUCUGCCAUUGGAAGAUCCCUUACAACUCUAGAGACAAUUUGGUUCAAUUACUCUGCAACCAAAUCUGAUUACUAUCUUUACUGCCAUAAUAUCCUUUUUCUCUUCCUAAUCUUCUCUUGUGUCCCUCUUUAUUACCUUUUCCUUGAACUUUUCUUCAGAAACUCUAUUCAGUCUUAUAAAAUUCAACCAAAAGUCAAUCUUUCACUCUCUGAGGUGUUCAAUUGUUAUAAGUCUGUUAUGCGUAUGUUCAUCCUUGUUGUGGGUCCCCUUCAGCUUGUUUCUUACCCCUCUGUUAAGAUGGUUGGGAUUAGAACAAGCUUGCCCUUGCCAUCGUUAUGGGAAAUUUUGUUGCAGUUGGGCACAUAUUUUAUAGUGGAGGACUAUUUUAACUAUUGGAUCCAUAGGUUCUUGCAUUGUAAAUGGGGUUAUGAAAAGAUUCACAAGGUUCACCAUGAAUACACAGCUCCAAUAGGCUUUGCAGCGCCGUAUGCGCAUUGGCUAGAGAUUUUGAUCCUUGGGAUCCCCUCAGCUAUUGGGCCCGCUAUUGCGCCUGGUCAUAUGGUUACGUUCUGGUUGUGGAUCGCAUUGAGACAGAUUGAAGCUAUUGAGACUCACAGUGGAUAUGACCUUCCUUGGACUAUCACAAAGUAUAUACCUUUUUAUGGUGGACCGGAUUACCAUGACUACCAUCACUACGUUGGGGGCCAAAGCCAGAGUAAUUUUGCUUCAGUUUUCACCUACUGCGAUUACAUUUAUGGAACUGAUAAGGGCUAUCGCUAUCAAAAGAAGGUCCUCCAGCAGUUAAAGGGAGCUUCAAAUGUCAAUGGUGAACAAAAUGGAGUUUCAGCAAAAGAUUGCAAAGAUGACUAAUUCUAGAAUGGACUUAGCCUGGUAAACUCUUUGAAGCAUCAUUUGUUUUAGGUUGUCUACAUCCGUUGUUCAGAAUGUGUUAAUGUAGGAAGUUUUCAUGGUGCCUAUGAGUAACAACCUCUUUGUAGUCUUUUGGGGAGUGUUUUGACCCCAAACUUUGUUUCGUUUGCCAAACAUGUUAAAGUUUGAUUAGUAUAGAACUGCAGAUAGUAUUAGUUGGAUCUUUCUUAAAAUUGUGAAAUGAAUUUUAGCUGUAGCUUGAGUUGAUGAACUUAGAAUACUGUUGCGUCAACAGAUAUAGGGUUGAUUUUUCUUGACGUUUAAUGUAGAGGGGAUUUUUCUUGA